CCAUGGCCGACGGAAGCGCAGAAUCUAUCCAGCAGAAGAUCUCAAUCGCCCGCAGAGAUGCCGAAGCCCUCAAGGACCGCAUAAAGAAGAAGAAGGAUGAGCUCGCCGACACAACGCUUCGCGAUGUCGCUCGCCAGCGCACAGAGGCUCUUCCCCGCCUACAGAUGAAGACCAAGCGCACUCUCAAGGGCCAUCUCGCAAAGAUCUACGCCAUGCACUGGUCCACUGACCGAAGGCACCUGGUCUCGGCUUCGCAAGACGGCAAGCUCAUCAUCUGGGACGCCUACAGCACAAACAAGGUCCACGCCAUCCCUCUUAGAUCCUCAUGGGUCAUGACUUGUGCCUACGCUCCUAGCGGCAACUACGUCGCUUGUGGUGGUCUUGACAACAUUUGUUCUAUCUACAACCUCUCUGCUCGUGACGGCCCCACUCGCGUCGCCAGAGAACUUUCCGGCCAUUCCGGCUACCUCUCGUGCUGUCGCUUUAUCAACGACCGUCGCAUUCUGACAUCUUCUGGUGACAUGACUUGUGUGCUCUGGGAUAUCGAGACCGGUCAGAAGCUGCAAGAAUUUGCCGACCAUCUCGGCGAUGUUAUGAGCUUGAGCGUCAACCCUCUCGAUAACAACCAAUUCGUCUCCGGUGCUUGCGACGCUUUCGCAAAGCUUUGGGACAUCAGACAACAGAAGUGUGUUCAGACUUUCGCCGCACACGACUCGGAUAUCAACGCCAUUCAGUUCUUCCCCAACGGAAAUGCCUUUGGUACUGGUUCCGACGAUGCUUCAUGCCGUCUUUUCGAUAUUCGCGCCGACAGAGAAUUGCAGAGCUAUACCCCUGUCUGCGGUAUUACAUCCGUGGCAUUCUCCGUCUCCGGUAGACUUCUGUUCGCUGGUUACGAUGACUUUGAAUGCAAGGGUCACGACAACCGUGUCAGCUGCUUGGGCGUCAGCAACGAUGCUCUUUCUCUGUGCACAGGUUCUUGGGAUUCGAUGCUCCGCAUCUGGGCA